AUGCAAGGUGACCGACGUGUAAUAAAUAAUCUAGUUAACGAGAAGCCUCUCUCAAGCAUCCCCGGAGUCAAUGUAAAUCUAGGCUCUGGCGCUGGAGGUGGAGGUGGUGGCGGUAGUGGCAAGCCAGGCUCCGGAAAAAUGCGAGCCUUGCCUGGUGUAAGCACAUUCUUUUAUAUUGGCACAGAAGACGGCGAACUAGUAUACGUGGAUUGGAUGCCGCACAAAGACCAAGAGACGGGGAAGAUGAUAACUCCGAAACCAGAGUUUCAGUUCACGCAGCACGAGGGCCCGAUUUCCUUUUUGCGCAGAUCACCAUUUAUGCCGAGCAUAAUUUUGAUGGUUGCCUUGCUUUCCCAAAAGUUGUUCUCAUCUAGGCACCAGUGGACUGCAGUUUCGACCUCGCAUUGGUCUUAUCAACAAUCUCAGCGGGAGUCGAACCGCGACAGUGUAGAAUGGGAGCUUGACACGUUAAACACUCGGCCGCAUUGCUACGAGUGUCGUUGGGUCACAGGGCAGAUGUGA